AUGCUCUUCGUCGCUGAGCUUUGUUCGAUUGUUCGUCUCAAGGGCACUGUGCAAGACAGCGCUUCAGACAUUGCAGCGCGCGAAGCAGAGUUGUAUCCCGUUGUUAUUGAUCUCUUCGCCUCGCGUCACCCUCAACGAAAACCGGGUCGCCCCGAAGACAACCCCUUCAUCGCCUUUCGCCGUUACGCCGACUCGCAAGUGUCAUCGCUGCUGAACACCAUCUUCACGCUUCCCGCCCAAAUCGCCAACUACAAUAACGCGCACCAUGCGCGAGAACAAUGUUUGUUUGGGAAAGCAGAUCCCAAGAAAUGCGAGGAGUUGCAAGCUCUAGAGUCGCAUAGCGAGAAGCUUCGUCGUGAAGGGACAGAAUCGUACCGUGCUGGUGACGUGCAUGCGGUUCUCAUGAAGGGCGAACAGCUCAUGGUGUUGGAACAGCAGGCUGGCGAAUUGAGGAGGGCUAUUUUGAACGAUGCAGAGGAUUCGAGGCGUAAUUCACACCAACAGAAGCAGCUGGUGGAGAAAGUAGGCAACAAGAGAGGGCAAGAGUGGUCAGAUAGCUGGGACUGGCCAGAGCCGACUUGUGAAGACGAUGUCGAUGACAAUGGGUUUGCCAGAUGGCUCGAGAGUCGUGCAAAGAGAGCCGGUGGCGAGCUCGAACGAAUGUUUACAAGAUUGGAAGAGGACGCAAGCAAGGUGUUCGGCAAGGAAAUUGAGGAGCUGCAUCGGCACUGGGCCGCCCGCUACGAUGACACACAUCGGCACGAAGAUGCACAAACUCGCAAUUGGUCCCGGUCGUGGUCAUGGCAGUGGCUACCACCAGGAGAUGCACCGAAGCACGGAGAUUCGAAUGCUACGAGAAACCCAUACUCUCCCUCAACACUGGAAGCGGACGAGCGAACUAAACACAUGGGCAGCCUGUGGCGCAACGCAUUUGAAGAUCUUAUGCGUACUACGCAAGAGAAUCCGCUGUUAUCAGAUGCGCAGAACUCGGACUUCGAUCAGAUGGGGUUAUGUCCUCUGCGAGAGUACGCGAAAGAGCUUAAGCAGCUGGAAGAAAGCAAUAAGAGGGAGUCAACACGAAAUAUCACACACGACGAACCGAGCUACGAGUACGCCCACGAUCAUGAGGAUCAGCACGAUGACCCACCAACGCCAAAGCCUCAGCAGAGUACACUUGCAGGGAAUCCAUCAGCAGCGCAUCCCAAUACAGAAACUGAGCUAGACGCUUAUGAGCGACUGCUCACGACACAAGCCAACCCUUCGCCGUUGAGCUCUGAGAGUAAGCCGACUGUCCUCUCCACACUGACAACCACGGAACGCAUGACUGCAACUGACGGCACCAUCACUACCAAGGUUGUCCUGAAGAAGCGAUUUGCAGACGGUAGCGAGCAAAGCUCCGAAACGAUUCACACUCAGCGGGGCGAAGAUGCCCACCAGACUGAGGGCCCAUGGAGGGCAAUGCAGAGCACACAAUCGGCGCUGGAUCAAAACCGGAAACCUCAGAAGAAAAGCGGCUGGUUCUGGUCGAACUAA